AGAAUUUGACCAGGGAAACUUACCAACUGACGGUAGCGGAUUGGUAGAUGAAAAAGGUAGAGAUGAGUCGUCGGAAGCGUUCGGGUAGGGAGUGAUGGGAAAGGCUUCCUUCUCCGCCGGAAUAUGCCUUUCCUAUUCCUCCCAUACCGAAGGUUUCCGAUCUAUCCUCCCCUUUCCUUCCGUCCUUCCUUUUCUAGUGCGGUUGAUUCCUAAGUUGUCUUGAUGUCUUUAAGAUCUGCUUGAUCUUGAAGUUACAGGAAAAUGAAAUCUGGUCAGAGACAUAAGUAUGGGUUGAACAGAAUGUCAUUGAUGGGGAAGAAGACAAAUAUUUGAAAUCGGUCUAGGUUUAGCGGGUAAACAGAAGGGUAACAAUCUGAUGAAAUUGUGAAGUUCAUAUGUAAAUGGAGAUAAUUAUGAAGCAGUAAAUUCGAUAGGAAAAUCAAUGAGCAUGAAGGGGAUGAACUCUUACCAAACUGUUGCACUUGGGAAUUUGUGGGAUGAAAAGUCGCGAUUAUCAUUCAGCGAGGUUGACUUAACGGACAUUUUAAUGAAGCCUGAUGUCACCCUGUCCCUAAGUUUGCCACCCUCUCCCACGACCAACGACGGCCUAAACCCCCAAGAAAGAGGUGUCAAACUAAUCCAGCUCUUGCUAACUUGUGCCAACCAUGUCUCGGCCGGCAACCUCCACCAUGCUGAUGCCUGCCUCUGCCAGCUUUCGAGGCUGGCCGCCAUCACCGGUGACCCCAUGCAGCGGCUCUGCGCCAGGUUUGCUUCUGCCUUGGCGGCCCGGCUCGUUAAACGCUGGCCAGGCCUCUACAAGGCCUUAAACAAUGGUGGGCAGGUGAGUUGUGACGUUGAUCGUGCUAGGUCCGUUUUUAGUCGGGCUUUCCCUUGUUUGAGCUUUGCCUAUGCUAUUAUAAACCGGACCUUGAUCCAAGCCGUGUCUGGGGAACCUGAAAUCCAUGUGAUUGAUUUGAGCUCUGGUGACUCGAAGCUAUGGGUUCCUUUUAUUCGGGCCUUAGCUGAUGGUGGGCCUGAUGAGCGUCCCUGUUUGAAGAUCACAUGUGUUAGUAGAAAUAAGGAGGCCCAAGAGAGGUUGGGAGCUAGGCUUGUGAAAGAGGCUGAGAGUUUAAAGAUGGCAUUUCAGUUCAAUCCUGUAAAUGCUGGGCUCAGAGAGCUGACCUUGGACAUGCUCCAGAUCAAAACUGGGGAAGCAUUAGCAUUGACAUCAAUUUUGGGUCUUCAUGUCCUACUGGCCGAGGACGAUCGUGUUGAUGCAAAUUUUGGGCUUAGAAGAAGCAACGAUGUAAAGGAAUGCAAGCGAAUGAACGAGUUUCUUGAAAUGGUGAAGUCAAUCGGGCCCAAGGCAAUUUUACUAGUCGAGCAAGAGUCGAAUCACAACUCAAAUCGUUUAGUCGAUCGGUUUGUAGAAGGGCUGCAUUUUUACAGUGCAUUGUUUGAUUCAAUAGAUGCUGCAUUCGGAGGAUUGUCGUGCCCGGAUCGUACCGUCUUAGAAGAAAUGUUGGGGAAGGAAAUUGAGAACAUUGUGGCUGGAGAAGGGAUGGACAGGGAGGCAAGACAUGAAGAGUAUUCAAUGUGGGCCGUCAGGUUUACAAGAGCGGGCUUCAGGCCCAUCCGUUUGUGGUAUGAAGUAAUGGAGGAGGCCCGGCGAGUAGUGGAUGGUUAUGGGCCGGGUGGUUUUAAGAUAACUAGUCAGAAAGGAAGUUUGAUGAUAUGUUGGCAUGAUAGGCCCAUUUAUGCAGUAUCAGCAUGGAAUUGUAUUAGUUUUUGAUAUAUAUAUAUAUAUGUUGUAUAUAUAAAUGAAUA